UGGGUUUGGGAAUGACAUUGUCUAGUUCCCUCAUCAUCACUCAUUUCAAACAGCUAUACUAUGUGCAAAUCCUCCGCACACAUAGCUAGACUUAUCAGGAGCGGCUGCGUGUAUUUGUACAUGUGGGGGAAUGAGGGCGCACACAGAACAGCAGCAUCAGUCGCAUAGAAGCAGCAGGCAGACGCUCACUAUCGCACUGUAUGCGCGGCGGGUCGGGAUUGCUGUUGGUUCUCCCCGUGGAUGGCAGAGAGGGGAGGGGACAUGCGUACAAGCUGCUCAUUCAGUGUCGGAGUCUCACAUCCUAAAUGAGCCUCACUAGUUCAUUUCAGCUGGAAACCCAUGACACUGAGUCGCUGGCUGCAACUCCUGGCACCUUGGCAACGGCUUCUCACCUGUGAGCAAUGAGCCAGGGAUCGGGAUAGAUGCCCCGGGGCACAACUAAGCCUCAUGGAAAGUGGGGAGUUUUGUGUGAGAGGGAAAGUGCUGUUGACUCCUGAUGGAUGUGCUUAGUGCUCAGCACACGACUGAAGAGGUGACAUUACUGCAGAUCUGGGGCUGUUUCUGCUGAAGCCUCUCUUCUGUCCCCCUGUGGUACCACAUUAACCUCAAGCUGUCUCAGCAGGACAACUUUGUUGCUGUGGCCAAGAGCCGGGGGCAACAACUUCCAGAUGGGAAAUGAAGCCUACUGAGAGCCAAAUAGAGAAUCUUCUAUACAGUUUGUACUGGAUGUCUCAUUGAUCAGCCUCACUGGCCAUGUACCCACCUCAACAAAAGAUUCCAGUCUAAAGUCAGGCUUUGUGGUGAGUUCUUUUGGACAAAGAGCCAAAUCUGCAGCAAAAUGGUGUUGGAAAAAGUCUACUUUAUAUUGGAAGUGUUGCUGAUAACUAUACUAGUGGUGGAAGGCAUUGCAGUGGCCCAGAGAACACAAGAAGGACAAAACAUAGGAACUAAACACAUUCCAAUGCCCCAGUGUGGUACGUGGGUUCGGACCAUUAAUGGAGGUCAUUUUGCUUCACCAAAUUUUCCAAACACCUACCCUCCUAACAAGGAAUGUGUCUAUAUUUUAGAAGCUUCCAUUCCAGAAUACCACACUAAAAAUCCUGCUGCUCCACGCCAAAGAAUUGAGCUGACCUUUGAUGAACCUUAUCACAUAGAACCUUCCUUUGAAUGUCGUUUUGAUCACUUGGAGGUACGAGAUGGUCCAUUUGGCUUCUCCCCACUUAUCGAUAGAUACUGCGGUCUUAAAAGCCCAACACCAAUCCGAUCAACGGGAAGAUUCAUGUGGAUCAAAUUUUCUUCUGAUGAGGAAUUAGAAGGACUAGGAUUUCGAGCAAAAUACUCCUUUAUACCAGAUCCUGACUUCAGUUACCUUGGUGGUAUUUUAAGUCCCAUACCCGACUGUCAGUUUGAGCUCUCGGGAGCAGAUGGAAUCAUUCGCUCCAGUCAGGUGGAACAAGAAGAGAAAUUGAAAACUGGACAAGCACUUGACUGUAUAUGGACAAUUAAAGCCACUCCAAAAGCUAAAAUUUACCUGAGAUUCCUAGACUACCAGAUGGAGCAUUCGAAUGAGUGCAAACGAAACUUUGUGGCUGUCUAUGAUGGUAGCAGUUCCAUUGAGAACCUGAAGGCAAAAUUUUGCAGCACUGUUGCUAACGACGUGAUGUUACAGACAGGCACCGGGGUGGUGCGGAUGUGGGCGGAUGAAGGAAGUCGGUUAAGCCGAUUCCGGAUGCUUUUCACAUCAUUUGUGGAACCUCCCUGUGUCGGCAGUACUUUUUUUUGCCAUAGCAACAUGUGCAUCAAUAAUUCUUUAGUGUGCAACGGUAUUCAGAACUGUGCCUACCCCUGGGAUGAAAAUCAUUGCAAAGAAAAGAAAGAAGCGGGGCUGUUUGAGCAGAUUACAAAGACCCAUGGGACAGUUAUUGGUAUCACAUCGGGAAUAGUUUUAGUCCUCUUAAUCAUUUCUAUUCUUGUUCAAGUGAAACAGCCUCGCAAAAAAAUCAUGGCAAGGAAGACUACAUUCAACAAAACUGGAUUCCAGGAGGUAUUUGAUCCACCCCACUAUGAGUUGUUUUCACUAAGGGACAAAGACAUUUCUGCAGACCUGGCUGAUUUAUCUGAGGAACUAGAGAACUAUCAAAAAAACAGGCGCUCAUCCACAACUUCUCGAUGUAUCCAUGAACAUCACUGUGGGUCACAAACAGCAUCUUUAAAACAAAGCAGGACCAACCUAAGCUCAAUGGACCUUCCAUUCCGCAAUGAUUUUGCACAGCCUCAGCCAAUGAAAACAUUCAAUAGUACCUUCAAGAAAAGUACCUAUACUUUUAAACAGUCCCACGAUUGUCCUGAGCAAGGUAUAGAAGACAGGGUAAUGGAAGAAAUCCCUUGUGAAAUAUAUGUGCGUGGUCGAGAAGAUUGUGCUCAGGGUUCUAUGUCCAUUGACUUCUAAACGCCUCCCAUUAUGUGGUUCCUUAUAGAAAAAGCUAUAUUUUUGAGACUAUAUCCAACAGUCAUUACAUUUUCUAAAGCCAAGAAAUGGAGACUCAAACAAUAAUUGUAAAAUAAAACUCUAUAUUUUUGAGCAGGAACAUCACGUCGUGCAUGACAUACUGUAUAAAUCCUACAGCACUUAUGGUGGUUAAAUAUAUUUCAUUGAUAUUGUCAAAAUGGUCUUUUUUGUUGUUUUUGCAUAUUUUUUGUUAACUAUUUUACACAUUUGGUUAAUAAGGUGCUAUUUUCAUGGGUUUUUUUUUUUCAAUAUAUCACAUUUUUAAAAAUGUAUUUCCCUCUCACUCAGAUAUAAUAAACCAUUAUCAGGGAAAAUUUCAACACAACUGGAUACUUUUUAAAUUAAAGUUUUAAAAAUUUGAAGCCAGUGAACAAGGAAAUAUCUCAUAUAGUGGCACACACAUGAAAAAGGUUUGAAUCUGUGCCUGUAAAACUUGUGUAACAUUAAGUAAAGUAGAGUGAAAUAGA